AUGGAGUACCUCAUCUUUUACGAAAGAAGUCGGAGGAAGGAUUCGAGUAAGGGAAAGAUCAAGGUCAAAGCUAGAGUAUUAUUUAGGGGCAAGAUCAAGAUAUGCCUCAAGAGGAAACAAAAGGGUUGGAUGUAUAAACAGGUUACUAUUAGUAGUAAGAACAAGGCAAGAUUAAGAUCCGGGCCACGGGCAAGAUCCACUGCACGAGUAUGGGACAAGGUAAGGUCAAAUGUGCCUACAAGAUGA